UGACAAAAGAACGUCCGCGGAGUAGGCUGUUCGUCGCAGGCGCUCGAUACACGCUCACAUACUAUCCACGCGUUACACGGAUCACUUGACCAUUAAAAACCAUUAUGACAAAUUUUAUAUUUUGAUUUUUUUGUGACUAUAUUGUGGAAAAAUGGCAGUGAUAAAUAUAAAAUUUUUUGACGUGAUCCCAGUGAGGCUGAAUCUAUGGCUUAUGUUAUUCACGAGUUGUUGGGUGAUCUACAUGCUACGAGUUAAUAUCAGCCUUAAUUUAAUAGCUAUGGUGCCGGAACCUAUGAAAGCCUCAUCGAAGCGAUCACAGUGUGGUUCAAAAAUCGAUGUCCUUAAUGAUACCAUGAACGUCAAUACUACUGGGGCUUAUGAUCAUGUGACAAAAUUACGGACACAGGUACAAGGAGAAUAUUUUAAUUGGACCGCAGAUCAACAAGGGACAAUAAUUGGUGCUUAUUUCUGGUGCUACCCUUUGACAUCCCUCAUAGGUGGUAUGGCAUCUGAGCGGUGGGGACCCAGAUAUGUAAUUUUGAUUACAACGCUUAUCAGUGGGAUAUUGACAGCUUUGAGUCCCUUCGCUGCUCGAUUAGGCUAUGUUGCACUAAUUGUUGUGCGCUUUCUUCUCGGAUGUGCAGGGGGUUUUACGUAUCCCGCUUUACAUGUGCUAGUAGCUCGAUGGGCUCCACCGUCUGAGAAAGGAAAAUUUGUUAGUGCCAUGAUGGGCGGGACCCUGGGCAUUGUAGCAACGUGGUCGCUCACUGGGCCUUUAAUGGAGAAAUUUGGCUGGGCUUCUGCAUUUUACGUUCCAGCAGGAUUGUCAUUUAUAUGGUGCGGUUUCUGGUGGUAUUUGGUCGCAGACACACCCAACGAACACCCAAGAAUAUCAACCGCUGAGAAAAAAUACAUAACGGACGCACUUGGUGACAAGGUUAAGAAAUCAAAAGGUUUACCUCCUUUCAAGAGUAUAUGUACAUCGUUUCCUUUUCUAGCCAUGGUCAUUUUACACUAUGGAAAUCUAUGGGGGCUAUACUUUAUUAUGACAGUAGGACCGAAAUUCGUUUCAAGCGUGUUGGAUUUUGAAUUACAAGCUGCUGGUGUAAUAUCAGCGCUUCCAUAUCUUGCCAGAUUAUUACUGGCAACCAUAUUUGGAUCAUUAGGCGACUGUAUAUUAUCUAGAAAAAUGAUGUCAACUACAACUAUACGAAAGUUUUUCUGUCUCUUUUCUCACAUAAUUCCUGGCAUUCUGCUUGUAUUAAUGGUGUAUACGGGAUGCUCGACGGCUCUGUCUGUUACUAUAAUUACAAUGUCAAUGGGCUUCAACGGAGCAGCAACCUUGACAAAUCUUCAGAAUCAUCAAGAUUUAGCACCUAAUUAUGCUGGAACACUAUAUGGAAUUGCCAAUUCUAUUGGGAGUACAGCUGGUUUCUUUACUCCAAUGAUAACAGCAUAUUUCACGAGGAACGGGAAUACUUUUGAGCAAUGGCGUCCAGUAUUUUUCAUCGGAGCGUCAGUUUAUAUUGUAUCCGCAAUCUUUUUCAUAUUAUUUGGCACUGGGAAUAUUCAGCCUUGGAAUUUUAUUAAUGACGAUAAAGCCGAAGAUGACAAAACAAAACCUAGUGAUCUUAAAGAUAUGGGUGACGAUUCAAAAAAUGGAAAUUUGAAAGACUCGAAAGAAAUAUCGUUAAACGUUACUCGCACAUAAAUGUAAUUUGAGUAUGUGACAUUUGAGCGAUUGUAAUUUAUCUUUGAUUCUACAUAAUUUGUGGUCAGUUUAAAAUAGUCAGAAACAUUUUUGUAGAAAAAUUUCAAUACAGUGCUUGCCAUUAUAGACUUAUUUUAUUAGUUGAGGUUUUUUCUAUAUUAUCUUAUGUACUAUUGAAAAAUGUUGUUGUAGUGUUGAAAUGUUUCAUAACGUCCGCACCACGAAAGGAAUCAGUGUAAUGAAAGAGCGCUCUCAGAGCCUGAAACAAUUUAUCUAUAUCAUUUAAUUCAAAUGCCACUAGAGUUAGGAAAAUAGAUGUGCAAGGGUUAUAAAGAAUUUCGCAUCAGUAUUGAUGUUGAGCUUGCAUGUUCAAUUUUUAUGCAACAGUUUCGAAAUUAUAGAGAGCAGUUAUUUAAAGCUUUUCUCUAUUAUGUAUAAAGGUAAUAUUAUUUCUAUGAUUCUUAUUUAUUAUUAUUAGUUGGUACCUAAUUUAGCGCUCAUAGUUCAGUUUUGUAAUGGUGGUGUGUGAAGUGUAAUCUCUAUAAACAUUUAUUUAAAUAUUUCAAUGCAACACUUCGUUUCAUCAGAACCUCUCCAUUUCUAAAGGAUAUAAGUCACAGCUGUCAACUUUACAACCUGACAUUUUUCUCAAAUGUGACAGAUCUGACAAAUUUAAUCAUUUAACUUUAGUCAAAUUUAAUGGUUCCUCAUUUGUGGCGCGGUCUGUAGUUAAGAUCAGUAUUAUUAUCUUCACUGACUAUUGUUAUUUAUUUACGUAAGUUCUCAUUUGCGCAUUUACUUUUAGAUUUUAGUGUUAUUAAAUGUUUUUUUCGAUUAAUAAUAUGUUUAUUGUUUGUGACAUAACUAUUAAUAAA